AUGGGGCUGGCGGGGGAGAAGUUCCAGCUGGGGACGGUGGGGGCGCUCAGCCUCUCCGUCGUCUCCUCGGUCUCCAUUGUCAUCUGCAACAAGGCGCUCAUGAGCGCCCUCGGCUUCAUCUUCGCCACCACGUUGACAAGCUGGCAUCUCCUGGUGACAUUCUGUUCGCUUCAUGUGGCAUUAUGCAUGAAGCUCUUUGAGCACAAACCUUUUGACGCAAGGACCGUCAUGGGGUUCGGAGUGCUCAACGGCAUCUCGAUUGGGCUUCUCAAUCUGAGUCUGGGUUUCAACUCUGUUGGUUUCUAUCAGAUGACAAAGCUGGCCAUUAUUCCCUGCACUGUUAUAUUGGAGACUCUUUUCUUCAGGAAGAAGUUCAGUCGUUACAUCCAGCUGUCCCUUAGUGUGCUCCUUUUUGGUGUUGGAGUUGCAACUGUGACUGAUCUGCAGCUCAAUGCUAUGGGAUCUGUGCUGUCUCUACUGGCCAUCGUCACAACCUGUAUUGCUCAAAUUAUGACCAAUACAAUUCAAAAGAAGUUCAAAGUAUCUUCAACUCAGCUGCUGUACCAAUCAUGCCCAUACCAAGCAUUGACCCUGUUCAUUGUUGGUCCAUUCCUCGAUGGAUUUCUGACUAACAAAAAUGUCUUUGCUUUUGCAUACACACCUCAAGUUCUGUUCUUCAUCGUGCUGUCGUGUCUGAUAUCAGUCUCGGUGAACUUCAGCACUUUCCUUGUGAUUGGGAAGACAUCUCCCGUAACUUACCAAGUCCUUGGCCAUCUAAAGACAUGCUUGGUUCUUGCCUUCGGCUAUGUCUUGCUGCACGAUCCGUUUAGCUGGAGAAAUAUACUUGGAAUCCUGAUUGCAGUGGUUGGGAUGGGACUAUAUUCAUACUUCUGCACCCGUGAAGCUCCAAAGCCCACUGAAGCCUCUCCACAAGUCACUCAGGGUGAAGGAAGGCGAAUCAGACCCUUUGAUCGCAGACUCCUUGAACGCCGCCGAGAAUGGAGCUGCUGCAACCACCGACGAGCCUCUGAAGGUCCCCAUGUGGAGCUCCAAGUACGCGCGGGCAUGAACGCUGCUGCUCCGACCUCUGAAGGUGCCCAUGUGGAGCUCCAAGCGCUCGCGGGCAUGAACGCCGCUUCGGACCUUGGUUCAUGGUAUUAUAUACAUAAUUAUUCAGUUUAG